AAAAAAUAUAAUAUAAAAUAGUUUUCAAUGAUUCACAUUGAUAAGUAAAUUCAAUGGAGUAAUAUAAUGAUAUUAAACAUUUUAAAGCUGCUGAAAUUCAAGAUAUAAAAUGUUUAAUCUGUCAUAUUGAAAUCUUUUAUUUAUUAAUAAGAUUUCAUAAUAUACGAAAAGGUUGAAAAACCUAUAUCUGAAAAGUUUAAAUUUAUUUUUUCAAUAUGGAUUUAAAAGCUGUUGUAGUUUCGGGUGAAGCACCUGAAUCUGAUGAUGACACUGCAAGCAUUGUCACGGGCAUAGGGUUUCCUUCUGUAAGAACUUCUAAUUAUUGUGGUACUAUUAUUUCUGGUGAAGCUCCAGAAUCCGAUGAUGAUGGGAUAAGUAUAAGCAGCGUUAGCGGAGCAGUUGAUGCUAUGACCUGCAUGCCAGAAAUGAAAAUACCAAAAUCAAAAAAAUGUUUUAUAAAAUACAAUAGUUUGCUGCAUAAAAAAUUACAUGAAUGCAAUGAAACUUUCGAUAAGGAUCUUAUACAAAUGGUUGAUGGAACAAUUAGUACAGCUACACAGGAAUUAUCGACUGUUAAUAAGCAAUUACUUAGAAAUGAACUUAUUCUUCAAGAGGCUGUCUCACAAUUACGUAGCGCGUGCUAUAAAACAAAAGAUGUUUCCAAUGCACUACAACAACUCAUAGAUGGAAAUUUUGUAUCCUCUGUUAAAAGCUAAUUUAUGUAAAUA